GGCUUUGUCAACAAAUAGGUUGUACUAUUUUGUGUUCUUAAAUAAUAAUUGGAAGAUAAUUAGAUAAAAUGGGCAAGAAAGCAGAAGUAGGUACUCCUAAGUACCUGGCAAAUAAAAUGAAAGCCAAAGGUCUGCAGAAACUUCGAUGGUAUUGUCAAAUGUGUCAGAAACAAUGCAGAGAUGAAAAUGGUUUUAAGUGCCAUACAAUGUCUGAAUCUCACCAAAGGCAAUUAUUGUUGUUUGCAGAUAACUCCAAAAAGUAUAUAGAUGACUUUUCAUUCGAUUUCGCAAAGGGAUAUAUGGAGAUCCUUCGAAGACAAUUUGGUACAAAAAGAGUUAAUGCUAACAGAGUCUACCAAGAAUACAUACAUGAUAGGGAUCAUGUUCACAUGAAUGGUACUAGAUGGGUAACACUUACUGGAUUUGUUAAAUGGUUAGGUAAAACUGGACAAGCUGUGGUUGAUGAAACAGAGAAAGGUUGGUACAUCACAUACAUAGAUAGAAGUCCUGAGACAGUAGAAAAAGCUGAAUCUAAAAAGAAAAAAGAGAAAAUGGAUAAAAAUGAUGAAGAGAAGCAAAUAGAGUUUGUAGAGAAACAAGCUAGAUUAGCACAAGAGAAGGCAGGGCCUUCAGUGGAACCAAUCUAUACAGAAUUAAUAAGGGAAAAUGAAGAAGAGGUUCUUAAAUUAGAUAUUAAAUUAAAAAAUGACAAAUUAGUAACACCUGUUGUACAAAAUGUGUUUAAAGCUCCAAGUUCCAUUCCUUCAGACACAAAAAAGAGGAAACUUGAAGAAAAAAAGAAGUCAGCCUUAGAUGAACUCAGGGAAUCAGAAGAAAAUAAGAAGGAAAAGAGAAACAGAAAAGACUACUGGAUAACAGAAGAUAUUAUAGUGAAAAUAGUAACUAGAAAUCUGGGUGAUGAAUAUUACAAGGAAAAGGGUGUAGUAAGACAAGUGAUAGACAAGUAUGUAGCUAUAGUGAAACUUAUUGAUAGUGGAAAAAAGAUUAAAAUAGACCAGGAACAUUUGGAAACUGUAAUACCAGCUUUAGGAAAACUUGUAAAAGUUGUUAAUGGUGCUUAUAGGGGUGAAACCGCAGUUUUGUUAAAUGUAGAUGAGAAAAACUUUUGUGUAGACAUUGAAAUAUAUAAUGGGGUAUUAAAAGGAAGGAAAGUUAGUGGGGUUCAAUAUGAAGAUAUAUGCAAGCUUAAUGAUCAAUAAUUUUUGUGUUAAUAUUCUAGCAGACUAUAGAUAAUGCUCCAAACUUUUGGAGCAUAAUUAACAUGAAAUUUUCAAUGUAUAAUGGGUAAUCAGGUGACCAAAUUAAGUAAGUGGCAAAAAGUUCACAUAAUCAAAAAGAAUUUGGUCUUCACAUGAAAACAUCUACACUAAUAUCUUAUGCUGAAUAUGUGUUACUGUUACCCUUUCUGACAUUCUCUAAUUAUUUCACUUCUAUUAAUACUAUGAUCAAUUGUCUACUCUUUAUGAUACUUUUACUGUAGUAGUCAUUUUCUUCGCAGCUCAUUAAGCAAACGAUUUUUUAAGGGAAAUACAUUAAAAAUCCCAAAUUAUUUAGUAGUUUAUUUUCAAAUAUUCACAACAAACAUUAUUUUUGCCAGAAUCAUAUAGGGCUGGUUUUUGUUUUCGCAAAUAAUUUUUUUUUUCCUAUGGUGUUUUUUUCUGUUUGAUCAUGCUAUUUGAUUAUUAGAGUGAUUUCUGUUUCUUCUGCUAUUUUUGCUUAUUGAUGAGAUUAUUUGCAUUUUUCUGUGAUAAUAAAGUUUUUAUUUCAAUGUAAUUAAUAUAAAACAUAUAGUAUCAGAUGUUAUUAACACUUAAAACAAAUCAAACCAUAUUAUGAGGACAAAAAGUUAAACAAAAUGUUCAAGUGAUCACCCAUUGGAUAUAUUAAAUUUGAAAUUAAUAAGAAAUUAAUGCAAGUAGUUUCUACUAGUGAUGUAACAAAUGUCAUUUCUUAAACAUUUGCAAAUGCCAAUAUCUGCUAAAAAUAUUAAAGCUUCCAAAGAUACACAAAAGUAUAUCUUUCAAAAAUACACAAAAGUAUAUCUUU